AUGAUCUUUGUACCGAACAUGAUUGUUGUAGUGACGAAGGGGAAGAAUGCAGGUAAGAAGGCGGUAAUUAUAAAACACCUUGAAGGAAAAUAUGUGCUGACUGCAUGUGUCGUCAGGAUUCCCAAGGAGUCUGAGGAUCACGAGCCGAAAUGGAUGAAGAGAAAGAAUGCAAAGCUCUAUGUCAUUCUGAAGAAGUACAGUAUCAAGCAUUUGAUAGCAACAAGAUACAAAGCAGAUAUAGGCUUGAGUGUUGCGGAUUUCAAUGGGAUUGAUGAAAGCGAGGAAACGAAGAAGGCACUUACUGAGAGGACAAAGGAUAUAAUGAUAAGUGCGCUUAAGGAGAACAAGGCGAAGUUUCUGUUUACAACCUUGAGCUUUUAG